UUUCCACCUAUAUCCCCUUCCGGGACCUCUACGGAUCCCUAACGGGUCCCUCCAUCGUUCUUCCGCGAUGGACUUGGGAUACUCUCUGUCCCAUCAGCGGGUAGUAUUGGACAUAGCCUUGGCGGGCAUCCUCACAGGGACAGCGUAUCUGACGAUCAACCCGACCAGUCCAUCGCUUCGAACCAUUUACCUUCAUGCGUCACCAUUGUUACAAAUACGAUCCAUCACGCUCUCUUCUCCACCUUCUCUCCUUCCCACUCCGGCAUCUUAUACCCUCUCUCAGCCCUUUCAGGCGUUGCGCGAGGGUUCAGUGAAUGCCAAAUCACAUACAGAGAUCAAGCGAAAGACAUGGGCUGCUCAAGGCGAGAGGGACGAGGGAGAGCUGGCCAUCUCUGUGUCUGGCGGAUGGAUACGAUUGAUUCAAGGACAAGGAGAUACAAUGACUCUAGCUCCGAUAGAGAUCCAGAUUGAUUAUCGAUUGAAUCUUGGCGGCGAUGUCGUGGAAGGGAUCGUUUUUGAGCGGGAUCACAUGUAUCUCUCGCCAACAGCUUACAAUGCCGCACGAAUCUGGACUCCUUGUGUCGACAGUCUCUGGGAACGAUGCACAUGGGAACUCGAAUUCAUUGUCCCGGCAAGGGUGGAUGAUGCCGACUUCAUAGUCGUCAGCAGCGGAGAACUCAUAGAGCAGACCACUCACCCUCACUCACCGUCAAAGACCAUCUUCUACUACCUCCAGUCGACCCCGACAUCGGUCCAGCAUAUCGCCUUCGCAGCUGGACCAUUCCAGACCCUCACCAUUGCUGAGGCUCCCAAGCCCAUUCUCGGAUUUUGCCUACCAGGAGAUCUCGACCAGCUGACUCACUCCACCGCUUUCCUUCCCCGCGCGAUGACAUUCUAUUCGACAGAGUAUGGUUCGUAUCCUUUCACCGAAUACAAGGUGGUUUUUGUCGGCUCUCCUCGCAUCCCCUGCUUUACUAGCGCCACCCUUUCAAUCCUGUCGUCUGAUCUCUUGCAUCCGCCAUCUGUGAUCGAUCAAGCGAUCGAAACCCGACAGAUCUUGUCACUCGCACUGAUACAGCAGUGGGUGGGAAUCAACAUCAUCCAGCGGACUGUCUCUGAUACUUGGGUCAUUCACGGACUGGCCCUUUAUCUUCAAUCAUUGUUUCUCAAACAUCUCCUUGGCACAAACGAAUAUCGGUUCAGGCUGAAGCGGGACAUCGACCGAUGUGUCAGACUGGAUCAAGGAGAUCGUUGGCCAAUAUGCAUGCCGGGUCAGCUAGAUGCGCCAGACAUUGGGUUUAUCAACCUCAAAGCUCCGCUCGUCAUGCACAUCCUGGAUCGUCAUCUAGCGAAGGCGGGCACCUCACUGGGUCUGGCCAGAGUCAUACCGCGAAUCUUCCUAGCAGCCUUAUCCGACGAAUUGCCAGGUAACACCCUUUCUACCCAGUUCUUCUUCAGAACCUGCCGCAAAGUAUCUGGCGUGGACCUCCAGGCCUUUCAGGACCAAUGGGUCUUUGCAAGCGGAUGCCCACGCUUCAAAGUCUCGACACAUUUCAUUCGCAAAAAGUUUCUCGUCGAAUUUCAUCUCACCCAAUUGCCUCUUCCGACGUCAACUAAACGGCCCGCUCCUUUCUUUGAGGGCAGCUUGACAGUGCGAAUACACGAAGCCGACGGUGCACCAUUCGAGCAUGUGGUUGAUGUUAAAACGGCUUCAAAAACAUCCAACCUGCCCUUUAAUACCAAAUACAAGCGCACACGGCGUUCUGGCAAUAUUGCCUCUCGAUUCUCUCGCCUGCGUAUGGCCGAAGCAGCUGAAGAAGAAGUCGAGGAGCUCAAUGAUAAGGGAGAUGUCUUCGCUUACCAACCCUGGGACGAUGAGGAGGAACGUGAACGCUGGCGAGUGGCCGAAUGGACCGACGAGCAGGCUGAGCAAAUGAUGGGUGAGGGAGGCGGGUACGAGUGGAUACGAAUCGACCCAGAUUUUGAAUGGUUAGCAGCUUUUGAAUUUGCCGAGAAGCCUUGGUACUGGAUCAGUCAGCUUCAAGGCGAUCGCGAUGUGGCAGCUCAGCUCGAGGCUAUUCAAAACAUGAGUGUUCAGCUUUUUCCCGUCAUGGCUAGCGAACUUGCGAGGACGGUCCUGGUUCCAAAUUACUUCUACCGCGUCCGUAUGGAAGCUGCCAACGCGUUGAUCAACUUUUGCAACGCCGAGACCGACUACCUAGGCACAUUCCUGCUGCCAAUGAUUUUUAAGCACUUCUUCUGCGAAGGAGAUAAGGUCAGGCCAAACGACUUCAGCGAUUUUGCAGAGUAUUUUCUGAAAAAGGCUAUCAUCGGCGCGCUCUCGGGUUUGCGUGAACCUGCGACCCGAACAUCGCCCAUUGAGGCACGUCAGCUUCUCCUCCACAUUCUCGCUUCGAAUGAUAAUACUGAGAACUCAUACUCUGAUGCGUAUUACCUCGCAACAUUGAUCACUGCCAUCGGCAAUGCUUUCAGCGCCACGCGUGACAGUAUCGAAAACCGUGACCUCCUCAAACAAGGAGUCGAGAGCAUCGAACGAAUCAUGACACUUGACCGUCUGGUACCCAGCUUUCACAAUGUCAUUACAGAGGCGGGUCUCAAGACGCGCGUCAAACUCGUUCUCUCUGGUCAUCUCUUCAAUGAUUCUCGGCCUUUCUUGGGGUACACUCGCGAGGGAAACUUUGAAGAGCUUCGCCUGACUGCAUUCGACUGUCUACUACUCUGUCGACCAGCAGGCAAGAGCACUACUCUCAUCAACUACUUCUUCGAUGUCAUUAUGAACGACCCCUCGCUCAACGUGCGACGGCAUGUUGCCAGAGCAGUCUCCGAAUCCAUCUCCCUCUCAUUGGCCUUAGGGGACGUCAAGGAUCUGCCGACUUCUGGCCUCAUCGAGACUAAUGUAGCUUCGGCUCAGCGCGAAAACGAGGGACACAACGGUCAGCUUGUCAAACUGGUACGAAAGGAUUUCGGCAAGAUCCCCGCUCUGCAUGAAGGUCUACAAGGAGCCUUACUUGCCUAUCUCGCAUCGAACGAUGAUGACAUUCGGCUAGCGCUGAUCAAGACCGCUGAACUGACCCUCAAAGCCGACGAGGAGCCGGCGCCGGGAACGACGAUCACGAUCUCUACGCCAGUUGUUGAGACACCUGCCACGACACCUCGUAUCCGACUGAGUCUCAGUGGCAGUCUCGGUGCUCCGAUUGAGAUCGAUGAUGGCUAUCCCUUUCCCAGCGUGCCAGGUCCGAUCAAGUUGGUCAUCGGUGCUCCGAAGAAAGUCAAGGCAGUCCACAAGUCUCAAAAGAAGGGCCUUCCCGACGCGGACCGAGCUGCCAUCGGUCUUGUCCUUCGGAAGCUGCUUAAAAAUGGAUCGAGCUACAUGUUCAGGCAGCCAGUAGAUCCGGUCAGAGAUAAUGCUCCAGACUAUCUCACCAUCAUCAAGUCUCCCAUGGAUCUCUCUACCGCGAAAGCCAAGCUUGACAAUGGCAUGUAUACUGGACGAACCGAAUUUGCCGCGGACAUGCGACAGAUUGUUCAGAACUGCUUGACGUACAACAGUCCUGGGACCCAGGUGUACAAGAUGGGUCAGCAGUUUGAGAGCUAUUUCAACAGCUGUAAGCGGGGUCGAUUCAUUUGUCUUGCUGAUGUCCAAGUGUGGAGCAAAACUGAAGCAGCGCUAAACAAUCCCAAAGCCGCCGAGAGGGCAAAGCCAGAGCCACCAGUCGGUGCGACUAUACCUACACCGUCACCGGUUGCUUCAGUUCCUCCCUCAUCUGCGCCGGUCAAGCUCAAGCUCAAGCCUCCAAAGACAGUCUCAAUUGACACCACACCAAGAGUUCCGCCUAUGGCACCUCCGCCUCUGCCGCCUUCUCGUAAACCCUCGGGAUCGAUCACUCCCUCUGCACCAGACAUUACUCGCAAAAGAAAGGAGUCGGUCAAGGCCGCCAGUGAUCUUGAUGACUUGCUCGGAGCAGAAAUUGAUGCGAUUGAGCGUGUUCCGCAACGAGAUCUCGUGGAGGAGCUCUUGGAGCCAGCGCCGAAAAAGAUCAAGAUAAAGCAGAGAGCCUUCUCGCCCGAAAAGCAGAGUCAGACGAUCAAAAUUAAGCAAGCUCCGGUUCCGGCAUCUGCACCUGCACCUGCACCUGCACCACCACCCCCUCCUCCAGUCGUUCAGCCUGCACUCGCACCUACACUGCCAGCCGCCAAAUAUACGCUUCCCAAACCACCGCCAGAUCUGCCACCAACCAAGGACAACCCUAUGGCGUUCAAGUCGAGACGGGCAAAGGUACUGGUUGGUCUCCUGCAAAAGUCUCCUCAAGCGGCUAUCUUCCUUCGUCCCGUCGAUCCCAUUGCCGAUGGCUGUCCAACGUAUCUGCAGGAGAUCAAGGAACCCAUGGACUUUGGUACCAUAUCGAAGAAGAUUGAUCAGAAAAAGUACCAUACGAUGGGCGAGCUCGCCUAUGAUAUUGAACUUGUGUUCAAGAAUUGUCGUACAUUCAAUGUUCCUGGUGACCCUAUCACUCUGCUGGCAGACGCUGUCGAAGCCAUCUACUGGCGAGAGUGGCCCAAAGCUGUCUCGCUCAAAAUGUCGUUUGCUGAGAAGCAAACCUUGUCCUCGACACUCGCCAAGGCACUCAAAGAGCCGAUCAGUCUGUAUUUUAGAGAAGCAGUCGAUCCUAUCGCACUUGGGAUUCCCCAUUACUUCACUGUCAUUCCGCCAGAGGAUGCCCGAGAUCUCGGGUUGAUCAAACGUCAGCUGGACAAAGGUCAAUAUGCUACCGUUCAGAAGGUAGAUGAAGAGAUCGAUCUCAUGUUGGAGAAUGCCUACUCGUUCAAUGGCGAGGGACCGGUGGUAGAUGCUGGCAGGGCAUUUAAAAAAUGGUGGGAACAGCAACGCCAAAAGAUUGAAUAAACGA